AUGGAGACCGUUCUCGCCGACAUCCAUCAGACCUUUUUCUGCGCCGACACGGUGGCUGAAGUUGAGGCCUUUGUGAGUCUUCACUCGGAGGCCUUUGUGAGUCUUCACUCGGAGGCCUUCGUGAGCCUCAACUUCUCAGCUACAGAGGGCGUUCCCCUGGACCGCUUUCGCCAGGCAUACAUCAACCUCAAGACCGAGGUCGGCGUGUCCUCGGAUUUGUUACGCCGUCUACUGGGUCUCCUCCACAACAUCGAACGCCUCCAACUCUUCCUCCCUAAAGAUGCUACCUCCGACGUCUUUAUCAACAUCGACUUCCCCAACCUCGUAAAGUUCUCCACCAACGCCCCUCACGCCGUCAUAGAGAAUUUCUUGUCCGCUCAUCCUCAGAUUCGCUGGUUGAGCCUGGACCGUCCCGUCAUCCCGAAUUCCCUUCAACCCAUUGCGCCAUUUAUGACCAUGAAUCGCCUCCUCUGCCCCGUCGCCCUUCUCCGCGACGUUCACUUCCCCCUCUCUAGGCUUCAAGCCCUGUACCUCGACAUCAACAGCGGCCAAGCGACUAUCUCCGAGGAUCUGCAGAAGAUGGCGUCUCAUUGCGGGCAGAAGGCUAUCUUCGCAGAGCUCACCCACCUCUCCAUCCAGAUCGCACCGAGCGACAUUUGUCUUAUCAAUGCCAGACAGAGCGUUGAUGGCCCCAGGGCCUGGGACGCCUUCAAUGACGAGUGGCAUGACAUCCUCCUCACCCUUCCCUCCCUCCAAACCUUCUCCCUCGCCACUGUCUCAUUCCUGCUGGAGCCUCACCCCCUCGGAGAUCUCCUCGCUGAAGAUUUCCUUGUGCGUCACUGGGCGGGAGGGGCUAUGCAAGUUCCUCACCCCGCUCUUCGCUGUAUCAUUGCCGCAUACCCAUCGUGGGCAGGCUCUCCACCGGAGAUAGCGUCGUUCUGGAAGUCGAAGGACGGGAGUUUGGAGGGUUGGAAGCGAGUGAACGUUGUCCGUGGCGGUGAGAAGGCGAAUAGAUCCAUCAUGGCGGGCUAUUGGGAGAUGCCUUGA